CAUAAAUCCAAUAGUAACGGUAAAUAUUUACGUUAAACCUUUAGAAAAAGUUAAGAUCAUUACAGUAGAUGAUUUAAAACCUGUGUCACAAUAUUGAGCAUAACUUAAGGUAAAACAUGGCAGUGUCAGGAAAGAAAGCUUCAAAACAAUUUUCAUCAUCUACAACAUCCAUGACAUCAGAUGAAGAUCUUCAAGUUUACUGCCAGCCUUGUGAUGAGGAAGGACCGAGACUCCCUGCCCAUGGUUACUGCACUGACUGCAAGGAACAUCUUUGCCACACAUGUUUUACAGCCCAUAAAAUAAAUAGGCUUUCCAAACAUCAUACACUUCAGGACGCUACUAAUAUGCCUAAAAUUUUGCAGCAACCCUCAACAUCCACACACACAGGUCAGUUUGAUGUCCUAACCACAUUAUGUGUUAAACAUCCACAAGAAAUGAUCAAGUUCUACUGCAAUGACCAUACAGAAUUUCUGUGCAGUGUUUGUGUUACCCUUGAACAUCAAGUUGCUUCCUGCAAAGUUAACUAUAUACCAGACAGUUCUGGUGAUAUUAUAGACAGCAAAGAAUAUCAAGUUAUCUUGAAUGCAGUAAAUACCACUUCUGACAAAUUUCAACAGAUGGUAGAAGAUGUCAAGAACAUGAUAUACAAAUCAAACAGCUCUCUCAAACAUGCAUUCGUUGACAUUAAAAAGUUUCGGCAAGAAAUCAACCAAAGACUAGAUGAACUUGAGAGACAGGCUGAAGAUGCAGCUAAAGUCAUAGAACAAGAUAACAAAAAACAUCUGAAAGCAGUAGAAGAAAUUUGUGAAGUUAUAACCAAAUCUUUGAAGAUAUCAGCAGAUAAAAUCAAACAACUAAACACAUCACAACAGGCCAACAAACUUUUUAUGGAACUAAAACUUGCAGAGAAAACAAUACAGAGUGUGGAGGGAAAAGCUAAACAACUUUUAUCGUAUGAUAUCAAAGAGCACAACUUUCAAUCAAAUGAUGUAAUAUUAAAUGUGUUUAAAAAAACAAAGUCACUGGGUACACUGAAAACUUUUAAUAAAGAAUGUCAACCUAUACAGAUAAAGUCUAGACAGUCUUCACAUGAGGGAGAAAUCUGUGUAAAGACAUCAAAAGAUGAACACAACAGCCAUAUAACAGGAAUGACUCUGCUGACUCCUGAUCUUCUUAUCAUCACUGACUGUGAUAACUAUGCUGUAAAGAUGGUGGAUAUCAGCAGUCAAUCUGUGUCUGAUCAACUACAACUAGAUGCUAAACCAUUGGAUAUCACCAGAGUAAGCAGUACUGAACUUGCUGUCAUACUUCCUAACAUACAAACAAUAAAAUUUAUAUCAAUCUCAUCAAACAAACUCAUAAAGAAGCACGCUGUAAAGGUUGAUGGAAAAUGUCAUGGUAUAAGCUGUUACCAAGAAAAACUUGUUGUGUCAUACCUUAAUCCUGCAAAACUUCAGAUACUUGAUAUGAAUGGCACUAUACUGAAAACAAUUGCUGGACAUAAUAUUUUCAGUUCUCCAUGUGAUGUCAUUAGUAACAGAAGUUCUAUCUAUGUAACUGACUGUGUAAUGAAGACAAUAACAAGAUUAAACUGGCAAGGUGAUGUGAUAGGUAGUUAUAGUGGUAUGAGUGAUCCUUGUGGAAUGUCACUGUCAGAUGAUGGUACUGUCUUUGUGUGUGACUGGGAGAGAAAUGUUAUAGAAGAGAUAUCAGGAGACUGUUCUACAGGAAAGGUGGUGCUGCAGGAUCUGAAGGAACCAGUGGCUGUAUGUUGGUGUGGAGAAACAAAAAAGCUGUAUUAUAGCUGUCUUGCUAUGAAUAAAAAACAUGACAACUUCCUUUUCAUCUAUAAACUGUCAUAGAACAAUACAAUUUUAACUGCAUUAUCAACAUAAGUUAUUACCUAAUCCACUGCAUAUGUUUGAUAUUUUUCGUACAAUAAAGUGGAUAGAUCUAUAAUGGACACAUUUUCCAUUAGUGUUUUAAAAAUUGAUGAAAAUAAUAGGAAUGUAUCAUUUGGAAAUUGUAUUAAAACAGUGCUUGGGGAAAAAGUGCUGUUCAUGUUCUCAGUAGUAUACAUGGUAUUAAACAUUUAUAUGAUGAAUAAUAAUAUUUUGUUUUAGAACAUUUUUAUCAUCUGCAAUAUAAAUAUAUAUGUAUUAUCGGAUCAUGUGUCUGACACUGCCAACAACAUCCACAUAUGAUUCUAUUGUGGUUUGUUGAAAUAUCUGAUACUAAAUACUAUCAACAUAAUUAUUUUUUGUUUAACAGACCAAACAUUAUACAGUGUUAUAGACCGAUUCACUUUAAGUCAUCAAAAAUAAAAUUGGGUUUGUCAUAAAAACAUAUUACAAAUUUAGGAAAAUAUUUUUAAUGGAAGAAUUGCAUAAAAAUAUUAAAAAUCUUAUGUGAUUUGGUUACACAUUCUUUAAUAAAUGUUAAGGAUAAAUGAUCUGAGGAAAUCUUAUGCUGAAGCAUUUGAUAUAGUGAUUAAAAUGCCUGUCAAGAGUACCACAUUCGUAAUUCUACAAUCAAAUAAUCAUGCAGUUUUAUCACUUUAAAUUGUUUUGGGACAGAUAAUGUGAAAUAGACUGUCUGGAAUUUAGAAGGAAUACAUUCUCAAUGGAAGAAAAUGUAGGGCAAAUUUCUUUAAUAUUUGAUACAAUACAUUUUUGUCCAGUGGACCACUUGAAUUUGGGAUAAAAAAAAACAUUUUAGUCUAGUGGUGCUUUUUUUUCUCCAAACUAUAGCCUUGAACUCAUAAAUGGUUAUGCCCUCAGUGAUCAUUGACUCCAAUAGCAACCAGAGACUUUCAUUAGCAACCAUUGACUUAUAUUGCAUAGAUUGAUUUUCCUAAACAAGUAGUGAUUUCUAUUACAGCCAUUGACUUUUCAUAUAAAGGAACUGUUGAUCAGUUAUUUCGAUAGCAACUCUUAACUUUCCAUAUCAACAAGUUAUUUUCAAAAGCAGCCAUUAAUUGUUGCAUUAGCAACAAUUGACUACUAUACAAAACUGUUGAUUUUCCAUCAAUUUUGCAAUCAAUGGGCUUUCAUUAUAGCUACAUUUAGUUCCAUUGACGUUUUUAUGCAAAAACUGACUUCUAUAGCAGCAAAUUAUUUUCCAUGGCAACCAGAGACUUUUAUAGCAAAAACUGACUUUUUAUUUUCCAUGGCAACCAGAGACUUUUAUAGCAAAAACUGACUUUUCACAGAUACUAGUGACUUCACAUAAGUCAUGAAUGUUCAACAGCAACCAGAGACUUGUAACAGCAACCAUUGACUUUCCAUAGCAACUAGGGACAUUUCAUAGCAACUAUUGACUUUAUUUAGCAACUGAAUACCUUCUUUGCAAUCAUAUUAAUCAAUGUAAUGGACCCCUCCUGCUUUCUAUUAAGAACUGUUUAUUCUUGAUCAAAGGAAUGUUGAUAUCAAAACCCUUAUACUACACUGCUUACAAUAUAGAGUCUUAAAAGACUGAUAAAUAUAUGUAUGAAGUCUAUGCUUGAUGAGGUUUACAAACAAUAUCAACAUGGGGAGUCUUGCAUACAGUAUUGCCUAUUUCUAUACUGCUGAAAGUGCUUGUGUUAUAGCUAUUUAUACAUACCUGACCCAGAUGAGAGCAUGGUACCACCAUAUAGAUCUAACGCCAGAUAGGAAUACGGUAUACCAAACACCAGUAUUAUAGCACCAAUCAGU